AUGCGUGCUCAGGUUGAACUUGCCCCGCCCUUGGUCCAGAGGCUAGGGCUGGCCAGUGAGCUGCUGAAGCUCUGGGCAGUGGAAGCUGUGUGGUGCAAGCACAGCACCUGUGCCUGUGAAGGCUUCUUCCUGUUUCCUUGGGCUGGAUUGAGAUCCUGGUGCCCUAGGUGGUCUCUGGUGAAUGCUGGUGGGCUGCUAGUCUCCUGCCACGAGGAGACAAGGGUGAGAGCAGAGCUGACGUCUGACAAAGACAUGUACCUGGACAACAGCUCCAUGGAAGAAGCUUCAGGAGUGUACCCUAUUGACGACGACGACUAUGCUUCUGCCUCGGGCUCGGCUGCCCAGACACAGUCACCUGAAGAAAUUGAUAAGGAGAACGUUCACAUGUCUGACUCAGAAAGGAAAGUGGACCCAGCUGAAGAAGAUACAAAUGUGUACACGGAGAAGCACUCAGACAAUCUGUUUAAACGAAAAGAAGUCCUGGCAGCUGUGAUUGCGGGCGGAGUCAUUGGCUUCCUCUUUGCGAUCUCCCUCAUCCUGCUGUUGGUGUACCGCAUGCGCAAGAAGGACGAAGGCAGCUAUGACCUCGGGGAGCGCAAACCGUCCAGUGCUGCUUAUCAGAAGGCACCUACCAAGGAGUUUUAUGCAUAAAACUCCCACUUAGUGUCUCUAUUUAUGAGAUCACUGAACUAUGAAAAAAUAAAGCUUUUGCAUAGAAUAAUGAAGAUCUUUGUUAUUUUGUUUUGUUUUUAUUGUUCAUUAAAGAGCCCUUCUGGCAUCUUAAUGAGAAAUCCCCUUGUAUUUAAAACUCUUCAUGUAUUUCUUUAGAACCACGUAAAAAUGGAACGUUAACAUCUGCAGUGUUCUGUGAAUAGCAGUGGCAAAAUAUUCUGUUACGCAAGCUCGCAAUGUUCGUGGAAGCGUUGGAAAACCUUUAAGGCAAAGUGAUUGUUUUCAUCCUAAAGCUGUUUCGUUUUGGUUGGCCUCGUUGGUCCUCAUUAAUUUAUCUGUUGUUUUCCUCUGUGUCCCUUCCCUUUGUCCCCUUAAAACAAAAACUAAAAACCAACAACAACAGCAACGAGAAAAACUCUAUGCCUUUUGUAGUUGUACUGGUGCGAUUUGUCUUUGGAUAAUUCCCAAAAUGGUAAUUCAGUGUAUAUGUGAUUUUUAAGUAUGUAAACUUUAACCUCCACUUUGUAUACAUUUUUAAGUGUCAGACUAUCCAUUUUACACUUGCUUUGUUUUUCAUUACCUGUAGCUUCGGGCAGAUUUGCAACAGCAAAUUAAUGUGUAAAAUUGGAUUUUUACCACAAAACUGUUCAGUCCUAUCUAUCUUGAUCAGAUCUUCUUUGGGAGGAUUUGAUGUGAGUUACUGACAGGUCUCAGCAAACCCAAAGAUGCUAACAGUAUUUCCAGAAGUUGCUGCAGAUUCCUUCGGCCACUGUAUUUGUUAAUUUCUUGCAAUUUGAAGGUACGAGUAGGGGUUUAAAGAAAAACAAGUUUUUGUUCUUAAAAAUGCAUUUAAAUGUCUUUUUAAGCCUUUGAAGUGCCUAUGAUUCUAUGUAACUCGUGUCGCAGACUGGUGUUAAUGAGUAUAACAGUUAAAAAAAAUUGGUAUUUUAUAAGCAUAGAUAAUUCUAAUAGUAACUUUUGUAGUCUUACAAAUAGACAUAAAUUGUAAUUUGGGAACAUAAAAACUACUGAAUAAAUCAUGUGGCCUAAUAUUGAAAA